UCUGUUCCGCAAUAACUGGCAACCGACAGAGUUGUUUGCUGUUUUCUGAUAGCAGCCCGCUCUCCAGUCUUGUCCCGAUGUCUGUCACCGGUAGCAUAAGUUGUCAGUGCCUUCUGCCACGUGUCGCCACGGUGGUCGAUAGCACCGAGCCAUUGUGAAAAGCUCCUCUGCGGGGACGGAUUCACGUGUCUGCGAGCAUUUAUUCUCUGUUUUUUUUUUUCCUUGAUUAGGGAAGGUUGGAAUUUUUCUUCCGGUGCUUGCCAAAAGAAGAAAAUAAAUUAGGUUCCGAGACUUGCCCUUUUCCGAGAGUCGUCCAGAUUUAUGGUUUGAGAAUAAUGCUCGUCAAGUGCUUAGAGGCAAAUAUAUUAGAAUAACUGAAUAAGAUCAGAGGAGGGUGGGUGGAGCAGGCAAUCUAUCACUCAAUCAAUCAGCCCUCCUCUCGCCUUGUAUUCCGUCUUCUCUCAGGAAGAUUUUUCCUAGGGUUUCCAAGACAAAGCUAGUCACUUUCGCAAGCCUUUCUGGUUUCUGAAGUUGGAGAUAUACUGAGAGUUCAAUCACCUUUGCAAGAAUCGUUUUAUUCGCAGAUUAAGAGGUCUGGGGUCUAUAAGGAUGGUGAGGGGAAAAACUCAGAUGAAACGGAUAGAAAAUGACACGAGCAGGCAAGUCACCUUCUCGAAGCGAAGAAACGGGUUGCUUAAGAAAGCUUUCGAGCUUUCUGUGCUGUGCGAUGCCGAAGUUGCGCUCAUCAUCUUCUCACCAAGAGGCAGGCUCACUGAGUUUUCCAGCUCUCGGUGCUUCAGUGUGAAUAAAACGGUUGAACGCUACCUAAGGAAAGUCAAGGACCGGGAUCUUGGCACCAGAGGAAGCCAAGCAAAUACGCAGGGACAGGUCAGUGCUUUUAAUUCUUUGUUGUUUGCAUGUUUGCAUUUUAAGGAAGGUGCUGUCAACAUGACAAAGAAGAUAGAGAAUCUUGAAGUUCUUAAAAGGAAGCUUCUGGGGGAUGGUCUGGAUACGUGUUUCAUUGACGAGUUACGUCAGAUAGAGAAGCAGCUGGAACAAAGUUUAACCAAAAUUAGGGCAAGAAAGGUACACUGGAUCGCCUCAUUGCAAUUAUUUCCUCUGAAUCAACUGUUCAAGGAACAGAUCGAGAAGCUAAGAGAAGAGGUAAUGCCGCUACUUGCACGUGCGCACGUAUUUCCUCCUUGUAUAUAUGUUUCAGAUUAUUGCUCAUUGAGAUUAUAUUCUCGAUGUUUGAGCAUUCUCCAGGAAAAGCGCUUACUAGGAGUAAAUAAAGAGUUACGGGAACAGUGCGGUGAUGAGUUACAGCGGUGGAAUUCGCCUGAAGAGCAGGAUGUUGAGCACUUGAAUGAAAAAACGGAUGGCGUGGAGACAGAUUUGGUUAUAGGACCACCUGAGAGACGAAUGCCUUGAAACACGUCAGAUAUAUAUAUAUAUAUAUAUAUAUUAUACGCGUGAAUGUUUGUGCUUAAUAAUUCUUCUCUGGAAGGGUAAAAACUCACCCCAAUAACCUGCGGGAAUUUUCAUGUGUGUCAGUUUUUGUUGUUGCACCUCUACCCUACAUGUGAAACAGUGAAACCAAAUAAUUUCUGUUUACUAUGGAGAACAAAAAGUGGUUCUUGAAAUGAUUGAUUAUAAGACUAACGGGGCUAAGGCCGAAUUUUUACUGAAAUAA